UGCUGGCUGCAUACUUUAUAUAAAUUUCAAGGCAACUAGCGUCGAGUCCUUAUUAAAGCAUGGACGCCGACAGCAGUUCCCGUUCCUACAGAGAUUCCAGGCGCCGUCCUCGCGAAAGGGAACGGGCAAAGGAGAGGGAGAAGGAGAAGCUGCCCUAUUUCACCGACGUGGGACGCGAGCGCGACCGAACGCGCAAUCUGAGGCAGCACAGAACGGAACGCAGUCCAACGCCGCCGCCGCCACCGGCGCGACGCCAACGACUAAGAUCUCGCUCGCAUUCCCCGCAAACAAGUAAUCGCCAGCGCCGGCGUUCAAGGAGUGCUGAGCGUAGUCAACGCAACAGCCGCAAUAUGAGGCAUGCCUCUUCAUACACGCAUCGCCGACGCAGUCGAAGCAGGAGUCGCUCGCGAACACCACGCAUUAUAACGGUGCCGGUGCCAGUGCCAGCAACUGGUUAUCCUUAUGCCUACGGAUGGCCGCGCCAACCUCAUUUUAAUGCCAUGUUUGCGCCGAUGCCAUUUGCCAUGCAUCCGCCGCGUCCACUGAAUCCGUAUUUUGCGCCAUAUCCACGUGCACCGCCGCCGCCAUCGUUUCGAUAUAGAUUUCCACCAGCGAUUCGGCCACAUGCAAGAUAUAGCUAUAGGAAUGAUCGGCAGCAACAGCAGCAACCAAAAUGAAUUUUAAACUUUAUACAUAAUUACAAAUUUAUUUACUCAACUGCUAUAUACAUUCGUGUGUUUGUACAUUAAAUUAAUAAAUAA